UAUUAGUUUACAGUUGGAUUUUGAAUGUGGAACAACGUUCACGAUUUUGCUGUUAAAGGGAAUUUAAUUCCACCGAUCUUGGUACAAAAACAAUAAAAAGUUCGCAAGUGUUUUUGAUUCUUAAAGAAUUUGUGUGUUAAAAUAAAAAAAAAGUUGUCGAAAAUGAACAGGUGGUCAGUAUACCCAACAAUGGAAAAGGGUCUCCACGAACGAGAUCUGGUAGGAUUGCAGGACUUCAUUCUCCUGGAAGACUAUCAGAAUGAAACGGCAUUCGUGGACAACUUGAAAAAACGAUUCCAGUCAAAUCUAAUUUACACAUACAUCGGACAAGUAUUGGUCGAAGUGAAUCCGUACAAGGAACUACCAAUUUAUUCCGAAGAGGAUAUUAUGCAAUACACACGGAAACAUUUCUUCGAAGUGCCUCCACAUGUAUUUGCAAUUAGUGAAAAUGCCUAUCGAUCACUGACUGAAGAAAACCGGGGACAAUGUAUCCUUAUUUCUGGUGAAAGUGGUUCUGGCAAAACUGAGGCCUCUAAAAGAGUGUUGCAAUACAUUGCCGCUGCAUCUGGCCACAUAUCAACCGUCGAAGGUGUCAAGGACAAAUUGUUGCAGAGUAAUCCUCUGCUGGAAGCAUUUGGCAAUGCCAAAACCAAUCGCAACGACAACAGCUCGCGAUUCGGUAAAUACAUGGAUGUUCAAUUCAAUUUUGCUGGCGAGCCAGAGGGUGGAAACAUUUUGAAUUAUUUACUGGAAAAGUCCAGAGUCAUUCAUCAGAGCAGUGGAGAGAGAAACUUUCACAUUUUCUAUCAAUUGCUUUGCGGUGGUGACGAUAAUCUUCUAAGAGAAUUGCAAUUGAAACGCAAUUUGGAUACGUUUUAUUACUUGACUGAUGGGGACAAUGGUAAUGUUAGCGGCAUCAAUGACUCUGAAAAUUUCCAAAUUAUUCAAAAGGCGAUGAGUGUUAUUGAAAUAUCGCCCAAAGAACAAGCAGAAAUCUUUCAAAUUGUAGCCAGUAUUUUGCACAUGGGAAAUGUUGGUUUUACAGAAGAGGAAGGAAAAGCAAAAAUUUUGAAACCAGAAUCCGUUCGGGCAAUUUCGAAGUUACUCGGAUGUGAUGAGUCAAUGCUAAGCGCUGCACUAACCCACCGCACAAUUGAGGCUCGUGGUGAAUUGGUAACGAGUCCAUUGAGUCGCGAAUCUUCCAUCUAUGCCCGCGAUGCUCUAGCAAAAGCUGUAUACGAUCGCCUAUUUUCAUGGCUUGUUUGCCGAAUUAAUAAGUCGUUGCAUCCGGAAAAUGCGAGUCGCAAGAACAAUGUCAUGGGAAUUCUGGACAUUUACGGUUUCGAAAUAUUCCAGAAAAAUAGUUUCGAACAAUUUUGCAUCAAUUUCUGCAACGAGAAACUGCAGCAGCUAUUUAUCGAACUUACACUAAAAUCCGAACAGGAAGAGUAUCUGCGUGAAGGAAUCGAAUGGGUUCCGGUCAAAUAUUUCGACAACAAAGUCAUUUGUAAUCUAAUCGAAGAGAAACAUAAGGGAAUCAUUUCUAUUAUGGACGAAGAGUGUCUUCGGCCUGGCGAAACCACUGACAUGACGUUCCUGAACAAAAUGAAUGAUAGAUUGGGUGAUCAUCCACAUUAUGUGUGCCAUCAACUUGCAUCGACAGCCGUUCAAAAGACCAUGGGAAGAGAUGAUUUCCGAUUGGUUCAUUAUGCUGGCGAUGUCACGUACAAUGUUAAUGGGAUUUUGGACAAAAAUAACGAUUUACUGUUCAGGGAUUUGAAGGAAAUAAUGUCGCGCACACAAAACAGUAUCACGCUCGAGUGUUUCCCGGCGGAAGAGUAUUUGGAUAAGAGACGUCCAAACACAGCGGUUACACAAUUUAGAAGCUCGUUGAACAAUUUAAUGGAAAUUUUAAUGUGUAAAGAGCCAUCGUACAUUCGUUGCAUUAAACCAAAUGACAUGAAAUCCGGCGAUUUAUUCGAUGAUAGAUUAGUGUUGCAUCAAGUCAAAUAUUUGGGUUUGAUGGAGAACCUUCGGGUGCGUCGUGCCGGCUUCGCUUACCGACGAAACUACGAAAUGUUCUUGCGACGUUACAAAUGUUUGAGCAAACAGACAUGGCCCAAUUACAAAGGUCCAGCCAGGGAUGGUGUUCAAAUAUUGGCCAAUGAAUUGGGUUACGGACCGGAAGACUAUCGCAUGGGAAAAACGAAAAUUUUCAUUCGAUUCCCGAAGACAUUGUUCGACACGGAAGAUGCGUUCCAAUUGAAGAAACAUUAUCUGGCCUCGAUUAUUCAGGCUAGAUGGAAGGGUCGCAAGCAGCGAGCGAAGUAUUUGAAAUUCAGAGAAUCAACGAUUCGUGUUCAGGCUUACAUUAGACGGCAUUUGGCUAUCAAAAAUGCUAAAGCUAAACGAGAAGCUGUUGUCAAGAUCAGAGCUUUCAUCAAAGGAUUUAUUACGAGACACGAUGCUCCGAAUGGAUAUAACGAUAAUUUCAUUGCACAUUCAAAACGGCAAUGGUUACUAAAAUUAGCUAAGAAUUUACCGAAAUCGCUAUUGAAUUACACGUGGAUAUCGAGUCCUGCACACUGUGCUGAAGCUUCUGCUGUGUUAAAAGCUGUAUACCGUAGACAUUUGGUAAGGGUAUACGUACGAAGCCUAAGUAAGGAGCGAAAUAGACAGCUCCAAUUGAAAGUGUUGGCAGAAAGUGUUUUCAAGGGUCACAAGACGAACUACAAAGACAGUAUAGGGUCAUGGUUCAUAGACGAACGGAUUAACAAGGAACAUAUGACGCAAAUAAACAAUUUUGUUAGCGUCAACUUUGCAACUGGUGAAGCGUUACGAUACGCAGCGCCUGUAACUAAAUACGAUCGACGUGGCUACAAACCUCGCGAUCGUUUCUUUUUGCUGAGCGACCGAGCUCUCUACUUGCUGGACGGGAAAACUUACAAGCAAAAGCACCGUUUACCUUUGGACAAAAUUGAUUUUUGUGUGACCAAUGUACGGGACAAUUUGAUGCUAGUGAGAAUACCAAUCGAACUGAAGAAGGACAAGGGUGAUUUGAUAUUGGAAGUUCCACAUAUUAUUGAGUGUUGCGUUUGGAUUUUGGAUGUAACUGGUAGGAGACAGAUUUUGCAAAUUGUCGACACAGGAUCAUUGAGUCAUAGUCUAGUAAGAGGAAAAGAUGGUACCAUUGAAAUAAAGACUGGUGGUGAGCCGGGUAUCACAAGAGCUAAAAGUGGUCAUCUGAUAGUAAUUGCCAGUCAGUAGACAGUUAUAUGCAUUGGGUCAUGUUUUUUAACCAAAUCAACGUUACGGAAUUAGUAAAUAGUUUCUGUGCCAUUUAUUACUUUUUUUUACAUAAAUUUACAUUAUGUGCACGUUAUCGGGGAAUGAUAACCAUCCAGAAGAAAUGGUUGUGGAUGACGAUUGUAUUUCGGAUAGAAAUAUUGUGCGAAUCGAUCGAACUUCUUAAAAAAACAGACGAACUUAAUAAAAUCAAUUGGAAUUUUGCGAUGUUAUCAGGGAAAUAAUUUGUUGUACUUAAUGAACAUAAUUUCUUUUACUGUAGUUUUUAUGCAUUUUGAGUUUCUGUUUAAAUGUACUUUACAUCAAGAUUUUUAAGCAUAAAUAAAUACUAUAAAGACUUGCCUUUA